AUGCACUACGCGGCGGGGCGGCGCGCAUGGGGCGCGGCGGGGGCGCGCUGGCCCGCGGCGCACGCGCUGCUGGCGUGGCCGGCGCUGGCCGCCGCGCUGCUCAGCGCGCUCACGGACGGCGUGGACUACCGCAUCGCGCAGGGCGUGAUGCUGUGGUCGAGUGGCGGCGGCUGCUCGUGGCUGUCGCUGGCGCUGGGCGGCCCCGGCGCCGCGCCCGCCGCCUGCGCGCUCGUGUACCUCGGCUCGCUGCUCGCCACGCCGCUGCACACCGCGCUGCUCUGCGGGCGCGCGGCGCUGCCGUCGCUGCCGGGCGUGCUGCGCACGGCGAGCACCACGGCGCUGCCCUUCGCGGCGGGGGCGCUGACGUCGGCGCUGCUGGGCUCGCCCCCCGCGCCUGCCGCGCCGCCGCCGCGCAGCGUGCACGUGGCGGCACUAGCGCUGCUGUAUGCGGAGUGCUGCGAGCGGCUGUGCGACGCGGAGGCCAUUGUGCAUCCCAGCCACGUGAUGGUUGCUCUCGCGCUGGGUGAGUGCGGGGCGGGGCGCGGGGGGCGCGGAGGGCGCGGCGCUGACGGACGGGGCGUGUGUGCAGAGGCGGGCGGCGUGCUGGCGUCGGCGGCGGGUGCUCGCUGUACGCGCGCGGGGCUGCUGUCGGCGGCGGAGGCGCGGCUGGUGGCGCGCGUGGCGGUGCCGCGGCGGCUGGAGGCGGGCGGCGCGCUGGGCUGCGCGGCGCGGGGGCUGUGUCGGCUGCCCGGCGUGUUCGUGGCGCCGGCGCAGGCGCUGCUGCUGGCGGUGCUGGCGCACGACGACUCGGAGCCCCCCUCUCCUCUACAUGACGCGACCGUUGGAUUUCAAUGAAUUCUACUUUUCCAUAAUUAUCAUAGUUUCGAUCAUUCCUAGUGUCUCGUCUAGGUAGUGUUUCCAUAGAUAGGUACUUAACAUACGUGUAUCUUUCAGAGCUCUUUUAAUGCGAUUUUUGAGUACCAAAAGUUAGAUCGUAAUUAAUAAUAUAAAGAAUGAACCGCGCUGAGUAGUCGUAGUCGAGACUCGAGACCAAUGAUGACAUUAUUCUGUAACUGAGGCCUUUGAAUUGCCUUCUGUAGUGCUUUUUGUCAUAAGGUAGCUUAGAAACUGUACAUACUAUUUAUAAGCUUUGUCCACUCAAAAUGGUUUAUGCCUUUACUUUACUGGACUGACUCAGAAACUGUCGCCGUCGCUCAGGGCAUCCGCCACUCCUGACUGAUUUUGAAAUUUUUAAUACAGAAAACCCCAUGAAGGAAAUAUUAGGUAUCUAGAUAAGUUUCCAUUUACAUCACCUACGCCCGGACAGAAGAGAAAUAUACCAUAGUACCAUACCAUGCUAUGGUAAACCUUAAGGUUGCCGGUAAACCAUAAGCGGGCCGGCAUUGUCGGUUCGGCCGUAUAUGUCGAACAACAAAGCCGACCACAAGCAGUACUACACCACAGUUUAAAUAUAUGUAGAGCAGUUCGGAAACUACGAACAAACGUUCGAAACGGCUCACUCACACAAACAUGCACACCGACGAGGCUCCGAAUGGGCUCUCGCGAUGCUCUCAGUAACGCGUGUCAAGACGAGUGGUCGCGUUUAAUUUUAUUUUUUCUCUGAAAAUGCCACGAGCGAACGCUUCAUUUAUUGUUAUACUUAUCAUCGUUAUUAUUCGAUUUAAGGCCGUCUAAAAAAAAUGUGUCUGCAAAAUGAACCAUAUGUCAACGUCAUAAUCUGACAUUUUUUUAGACAAGUCUUAAAAUGACGUUUGAAAGUUUUUGUGGUAAGACGGUUAAUGAUUACUUUAGUCACUUCUUAGUGACAGAAUGUCAUACAAAUCCUUCACUAAUUUUACUGAAGAUAUUAUCACUCCCGACCCGUGGUACAACUGCGAUGACCAACUGGUUGUACCACGGAGAAAUAAAACCCAUGGUUCAACUGGUUGUUCUAUGGCGAAAUAUCUUGACCAAUCGUUCAAAUCGAGUGAGUUGUUCUUUACUUGGGCCAACUAAUUGUACUUCUGGGAAUUGAAUGUAUCUAUGGAACAACUACUGGUAUUAAACAGGAAAAGGUUAUCUUUCAAUGCUGAAGUGCAAUGCAAUUACCUACUACCUCUUUUGAUUCAUUGUCUAUUGAUGAUUAAGACGUUAAUAUUGACACGUGAAUAUUUCUCGUUUUCACACCAUACCAAAAGAAAAUGUCGGAAAAUUGUGAAAUAAGAAUAUUGAAAGAAAAGGCGGUGGUGAAGCGUCAAUGUCUUUUUUUUCAAUGCAAAUAUUUAUUCAAUAAUAAAUUAAAUACAUAAGUUAUUUUUCCCGCAACUUAAAACUUUAUUUCGAUCAUUUUCAUAUUUAUAAUAACCCAAUUGAGUCUCUGGUGAUGAUAUCCGAACGACAAUACUAGCUACCGCAGCGCCCAUUGGUUCGUAUCGAGUGUUCUAGAGGAUACUCGCAACAAGCUAGCAGUGUUGCGUCUGACCACCGCCAAGGACGGACGUAGUACUUCUCCCGCCGCCAUUCGCAUUGUGUCGAAUACACACCGCUCCGCGUCAUUAUUUCCCUAUAUGUGAUUUCCUGAAGAUUCUCGUGUAAUAAUUGAACCUGCUGCUAGAAGACAUUGCGGACUUAAAGUGCAGUGCUGAUUUCACGAGUUUUAACCAGUCCACCGGUGGAUGAACCUAGAUUUAGCUCGCCGGCCGGCAGCCCUUACCGCGACCACGCGCCCCGGAACGAGGCAUCUUCACAUCUCGCUGGUUCUAAGUGAGGUCCCUGGAUUCACAAGGUACGUGGGCUUUAUUGCUGCAAAUAGUUGUAGUGGUAUUGGUGUCUAACGGAAUAUCAUCGGCAGGGAUUUAAUUGAAUUACGAUUUGAAAUUCACCGCCAUAUUGUUUUUCCCGCAUUCGAUUUUCAAGAUUUGAAAUCACCGCUCCCGCAUCCCGCACUUCUCUUUUCUUUCUUCAUUCCACCUUUUAAAUUUGUCCCAAUUAAAUCCAUUAAUUUUUUAUUAUUUUUCCCCGAUGAGGCUAUUUACACGCCUCAUCAGGCGGUAAUGUUUUAUUAUUUAAAAGUCGACAAUUUUACGAAGUGAAAGCUUUUAAAGAUGAGUCACGUGGCGCAUAUUGGCGGUGCUCUAUGCCUUUUAAUAGUUAAUUAAACUUUAAUUAAAAGAAUGUGUCAUGUGUCCUAACGCAAUCAUUAUGAUAAAACUUACCGUUUUGCUGCUUUUGUUUUCAGCUUGUUGUGAAUUAAUGUAACUUCACACAAAUUUUUUGAUCUAAUUUGACUGGACUAGUUUAAAAGCAGGCUAUGGUUUCCUUACCAAACAUAAUGUAAGUCUCAUUUUCAAAUUAAAUUAUACUAGGUCUUGCUAUUUUGAA